AUGAGUACAGGUAAAGAUUCAUCAAAGGUUAGUGCUGAUAUUGAAAUGAAAGAAGUAUAUGUGGACGAGAACAAAAAAUCAUCAAAAAUUACUAGUACAAAUAAACGUACUUUGAAUAUAUUAACUUUUAUAUUAAUUGGUUUGAGUUCAUUAAAUGUAUGGAAUACAGCAUUAGGAUUAAAUAUAAAUUUAAAGUAUAAUACUUUUCAAAUAACAGGUUUGGUGUGUUCUUCUAUAGUGGCACUGUUCAUUGAUAUACCAAAAUUUUUGUUGCCAUAUUUUUUAGGAGGAUUAGCAAUCCUAUCAGCUGGUUUUCAAAUCACUCAUCAACUUCUGACUGAAAACCAAUUCAGUAUAUAUUGUUUGAUUACUUUUGUAAUAAUAGGAAUAAUGGCAGGAUUAGCUCAAACAAUUGCAUUUAACAUUGCAUCAACUAUGGAAGAAAAUAUGGGAGGAUAUAUGUCUACAGGAAUAGGUAUAUCAGGAGUUUUCAUUUUUGUGAUAAAUUUAUUGCUAGAUCAGUUUGUAUCUUCAGAAAAAAAAUAUGGAAUAAAUAAGGAAAAAUUAUUAUAUUUAUACUUUAUAUGUGAAAUAUGUUUGGUCCUUGCGAUUUUACUUUGUGUUUUUAAUUUAGAGUUAUCAAAAAAAAAAGUAAAAAAAGAUGAUGAGGAAAUUUCAGAAAGAAGUUUAUCAUACAUGGAAUUAAUCAAAGAUAGCUAUAAAGCUAUUAUUUCUAUUUUUUUUGUAAAUAUGUUAACGUUGCAAUUAUUUCCAGGAGUUGGACAUAAAAAAUGGGCAAAAAGUCAUGAUAUUUCUGAUUAUAAUGUUACUAUUAUAGUUGGAAUGUUUCAAGUUUUUGAUUUUAUUAGUAGAUAUCCACCUAAUCUAUCUCAUAUUAAGUAUUUUAAAAUUUUUACUUUUUCAUUAAAUAAAUUAUUAAUAGCUAAUGCUAUUCGUAUUAUAUUUAUACCUUGGUUUAUUUUAAAUUCUUGUCUUAAAAACUCUUUUUUUUCAAAUAUUGUUCAACACUGUUUUUGCAUGGCUUUAUUUGCUUUUACAAAUGGUUGGUUUAAUACGGUUCCAUUUUUAGUAUUUGUUAACGAAUUAAAAGUAGCCAAAAAACCAAAGGAUAUUGAAACAGUUUCUACUUUUAUGGUCAUAGCUAUGUUUCUUGGUUUAUGUGCAGGUAUAUGGAGUACAUAUAUUUAUGAUUUGUUCCCAAUUGUAAUAAAAAUGUAA